AUGGGCAGACUUGACGGCAAAGUCGCGAUCGUGACCGGCGCAGGCUCAGGCUUCGGCGCAGGCAUAGCGCUCCGCUACGCCGCCGAAGGCUGCAAAGUGCUCGUGUGUGACAUCAACGAGAAGGGCGGACAGGCCACGGCGGCCAAAGACGAGCAGAACCUCGUCUUCCACAAGAUGGACGUCACCAAGCGCGCCGAUUGGGACUCGACGAUGCAAGCCGUCAAGGACAAGUUCGGGCGUUGCGACAUCUUGGUCAAUAACGCGGGAUGGUCGUACGUGAACAAGCCUACGGUCGAGGUGACGGAGGAGGAGUUCGAGAGGGUGUUUGACGUGAACGUCAAAGGUGUGUAUCUGGGGUGCCAGGCAUGGGUGGGCCAGGCAGUCGAUAGGAAAGAAGGGGGUGUCAUAGUCAACAUUGCGAGUGUGGGUGCAACGCGACCGAGGCCCGGGUUGGUAUGGUAUAAUGCAUCCAAGGGCGCGGUGUGGAAUGCAACGAAAGGUUUAGCUGCUGAGUACGGCGCCCAUCAGAUCCGCGUCAACUCCAUCUGCCCGCUUGUUACAGGGACGGGGCUUUUCUCGGCGUUCACAGGCAUGGAGGACACGCCUGAGAACCGGACAAAGUUCAUUGGAAACGUGCCGAUGGGCAGGAUUGGCGAGGUGGAGGAUGUGGUGAAUGCGUGUGUGUUUAUGGCGAGCGAUGAGGCCAAGUUCAUCACGGGCGUCAACUUGGAAGUCGAUGGUGGACGCUGCAUAUAA